AUGGAUCCUAAUGCUGCCGUGCAGCAUCGAAAGGAUAAAGAACGGGAGGAAGCCUUUGAGAGUGCGAUCAGCAAGGUGCAGGAGAUUCUGCAAGCCGAAGCCGUUGGCCUUCUGCUCCUGAACAAGGAGCGGAACGAGCUCAUCGCGUCUCAUCAAACUUCAAAUUUGCCUGCGUCCUUCCACUGGGGACUCGACCAGGGUGUGAUAGGUCAUGUGGCAAACACCGGAAAUUUCAUCAACAUUGCUGAAAUCAAGGAUGAGUCGCUUUACGAUCCCAAACUCCAUGACAAUUACCUCAACACUGGCAUCGCGGUGCAAAGCAUCUUGUGCAUGCCCAUUUUUAAAGGUGGAGAAGUACAUGGAGUUGUCUCUGUCAUCAACAAGAAAUCGAACCACGGCACCUUCACCCAGAAAGAUGAAGACGUGCUGUCUGCCAUUUGUUCUCACAUCUCUGUUGCUGUUGGGGAUGACAAGCAGAGCUUCAAUGAGGUCAUCGAGCAAUGCGAGAAGUCCAUGCGCACUACAGGCUCCCCAGAAUUCACUUCAGCUGCCUCGCAACGUAUGGCGACUCUUUUUGUCCCAGCUCUGGAGGGAAUCAGAACGGUCCUGGGCGCUGAGGCCACAACCCUGAUGCUGUUGGAUCAAGAGACGCAGGAAUUAUUCUCAGAGGCCGUUCAAGUGGGCCAUGUGAUGAAUGUGGAUAUUGCUGACACAGAGCACUCAGGCUGGUUCCAAGAACGACACAAGAACUACCAGGGCAGUGGUCUGGAAGUCCGUUCUGAGUUGGUGGUGCCCUUGUUCGACACCUCGCGAAAAUGCCUAGGUGCCAUCAAGUGCAUCAACAAACAGGAAGGCACCAAGUUUACCCAAGAGGACAUUGACUAUGUCACGGAGGUGGCUCAUCACAUCGGAAUGAUGCUGGAAGGACCUGACGCCGGCCUUCGAAGGGUUUUGGCCCUGACGCGGCAUAAGAUGCAAUCGAAGGCUGCCAUGCAGGCGGCGGAACUGGACCGUGGCGCUGUGAUGUGCAACUUGGUGAAGGCGGAGAAUCUUCCAAGUCGCUCCGGCCCCGCUCAAAAGCGAAAGUUCAUCGAUCCGUACAUCACCUUCAGCAUUGCGCGUGGCAAUCCAUUGAAGCAACAGCCAGGGGUGGAGCAACGUGUGAUGCGAAGCAGAAACAAAGAUCGAAAGGCCGCUGUCCGCCGAUUCGCCAAGUCUCUCACAGUCCUAGAGGAUUCCAAUCCUAUGUGGAACGAGUCGAUUGCGUUGGCCUUCCCAAAGAAGUUUGAAGAUGUGCCAAUUGAGGAGCUGUGGGUGCAUGUGCUCUUGUGGGAUUACGAUUCGUUGUCCACGGACGAUUUGGUGGCCCACGCUGCUUUCCCGCUGUCAGAGAUCCGCGCGGGGCAAAUGCAGGAGGUUGCGGCACACAACCUGCACCCUCUUCCUGGCUCUGAUAGCGACUUGUCAAAGUCAAGACUCUGGGUGGCGUUUGAUCCCUGCAUGCCUCAAUCCGAAUGAAGAUCUAAGCCAAAUUGCUGUAGCAGGACGGUGUGAACAUCCACAUCGCAAAAGACGUGCUCCUUGACGAUGUGACCUCUGUAGCUGGCAACUGCCAAAAUUCCCAGGCACAGCGAUCGUUUAGAAAGACCAAGUCAGACAUUUGAAGGCUGAGUUCUUACGAACUGCGGGCAAUCCAAAUUGCAGUUCGACAAUGUUCGACAUCUUUUCAAUCUGGCGACUAGGGGAGCUAUGGCGACUUGCGACAAUGACC